AUGUGGCGUCUUCAGCUUUUCCUUUUGCUAUCCACCUGCUGCCUCAUACCGCAUGAGGCCAAGCCGACCACACGUGCCACGCCCACUGUGGCAACGGGCCGCAGCAAUAAUAUUGGUCGCCUGGCAGCCAAGGAUCUGGCCGAUCUUCUGUUGGCCAGCAUGCAAGCCAGAGGUGUCAAGUUGACCACGCACCAGGAAUCAAUGGUGAAAUCACUGCAGGAUAUGGAAUCAUUGGAGCAACAAAGUGGUGCUGUUUUGCUACAGCUGGGCAUGGAUUUGAUCAUUGAUGUGCUGAUCGGCAGCAGCUCGGAUGCCAGCUGUGAUCGUGUCAUCAAGGAUAUUAAGCACUCCAAGGAUAACAAUAUUCUGACACUCAGUCUCAAGUCCUUCCUCGCUCUGUGCAACUUCAACAACAUCGAGUGCUCACAGAAACAGGUGGUGCAGAUCAUCAAGAGCACCGCUGCCUUCAAGCAGGCUAAUUCGACCAUUGAAGGCAGUCGGAGCACCCGAACAGCCCUACAACAGAGCGGUAAAUCGUCUUCUGGCAAAGGAGAUCGCGAGAGCAUGGUUCAGUUCCUGCAGGCGAGAAAUCUAAAGGAACUCACUACCAUUUGCAGUUCCUUGUUGCAAAUGUGCGGUGCAUCUUCCAUUGAAUCGCAGAACAUUAUCCAGAAUCUAGUUGAGAUGGGACCUCAGGACAAUACAAAGAGUGCCGCCAUCAGUGUACUGCAGGUGAAUGCCUUCAGCACGCUGAUUCUCUCGCUGAUGGACAGUAUGUCAUCAAUUUCCUAUGGCAAUGAAAGUGGAUUCUGUGCUGCAACUCCGGAAUGCUGGAUGGUGCGUCUUUUGAAUAUGGGUGUGGAAAAGGUCGUUAUUUUGGGACUGUUGACCGCACUUGAUCGCUCGGCACCUACAUCACCCAACUCAUUGAUACAACAAGGCAAGGCAGCAGCUAAUUUGGUCGAUGCUGAUGUACCACUCAAAAAGGGCGCUCAUACAUCUAAACGUCAAACUGGCACCUUCGUUGGAAAUCAACGAACAUCCGGUUCUAAAGACGGUAUCAACGGAAACGGCAAUACCAUAAACAAGGUAGUCGAUGCAGAUAUUCCAGUAGUAGCGAAUGUUGUGGGUCUUAAUGCAAUAAAGGGCUUGGUUGGAGGUGGUUCAAGCGGUAGUUCAAGAGGUACCUCUGGCGGUAGUUCAGGAGGUACCUCUGGCGGAAGACCAGGUGGACACAAUACGGGAGCCUUUGUUGGCAACAGCGUCUUCACCGGUUCUAAAGACGGUAUCAACGGAAACGGCAAUACCAUAAACACGCUAGUCGGUGCAGAUAUUCCUGUAGUAGCAAAUGUUGCGGCUCUUAAUGUAAUAAAGGGCUUGGUUGGAGGUGGUUCAAGCGGUAGUUCAGGAGGUACCUCUGGCGGUAGCUCUGGCGGUAGUUCCGGAGGUACCUCUGGCAGAAGACCAGGUGGACACAAUACGGGAGCCUUUGUUGGCAACAGCGUCUUCACCGGUUCUAAAGACGGUAUCAACGGAAACGGCAAUACCAUAAACAAGGUUGUCGAUGCAGAUAUUCCAGUAGUAGCAAAUGUUGUGGGUCUUAAUGCAAUAAAGGGCUUGGUUGGAGGUGGUUCAAGCGGUAGUUCAGGAGGUACCUCUGGCGGUAGCUCUGGCGGUACCUCUGGAGGUACCUCUGGCGGUAGCUCUGGCGGUAGUUCCGGAAGUAGCUCCGGCGGAAGACCAGGUGGACACAAUACGGGAGCCUUUGUUGGCAACAACGUCUUCACCGGUUCUAAAGACGGUAUCACGGGAAACGACAAUACCAUAAACACGCUAGUCGGUCUUGAUCUUCCAGUAAAUUUAAAUGCUGUGGCUCUUAACGUAGUAAAGGGUGUGGUCGGAGGCAGUAGUCCCGAUCCAAAUGAUGUGGUUCAUGUGGUUGAUGAGCAAGGAAAUCAACUGCUGAGCAUUGCGCAUGAUUUUGGUCCAAACGGUGGUAAUACUGGCACCUCUGUGGGCAAUACAGCUACAACGGGUCCCAGGCAACUAGUAAUGGGAAACAACAAUAAUAUUAACAGGCUGAUCAACGUAAACGCCGAUGUGGUGCCUAAUUUGAAUCUGGCCAAUGCGAUCAGAGGUAGCGGUGGUGUCUGCAUCGGAAACAAAGUCAAGACUGGACCAAAAACUCAAAUCGUAGGCGAUAAUAAUACUGUAAACACAGGCGUCGAUAUCGAUCUGAAAACGUUACUCAAUCUGAGUGCGUUGAGUAGCAUUAUUGGCACGGUGGGUAAUGAUUGUAUACCUGAGACGGAAACACCGCAACCACCGACACCGGAGCCACCCACUGAGGAACCACCUACACCACAACCACCUACACCACAACCACCUACACCACAACCACCAACACCACAACCACCUACACCACAACCACCUACACCACAACCACCAACGCCUUAUCCACCUACCCCAACUCCACCAACUCCCACACCACCCACCCCUAGUCCACCCACCCCCAAUCCCAACAAUUGCUAUCGUCGCUACUGUCGCAAGUGGAGAACUCGCCCCAGUUAUCUGUGCUACAAGAACUGCGGCGGAUCCUACGUCUACAGACCCUAAAAAAAAGAUGAGACAAAGAGAAGUAGGAGUAACAAACAGAAGUAAAUAGACUUCCACAGCGAAAUCUAUAACCUACUUUGAUGUUACGUGAAUUGUUUUUCCAAAUAGAGCUUCAUUCCGAGAGAAAGCUCGUCAUACACCUGUUAUUUUAUAUUGCAAAGUUGCACCUAUUUAUUUUGCCUAAUUUCUAAGUGAACUUCUUUCAAUUUACUUGAUGUAUUGAAAUACAACUGAAUUAUUUAUUAUAAA